UAUUUGCAAAAUCCGCAAAAGAACAAUCCAUCUUCCCCGAAACGAAAAGUUUUGCCCCCAAAACCCUACACCCUCCCGCGGUAAACCCGCUGCCUCUUUUGUUGUUGCUAUCUCUGGACUUUCCUCGUCACUCCACCCUUCCGAUCCACUGCCACAUCCGCCGUCAUGGAUGCCCGCCGCGCCUCUCGCGUCGUCAUCGACCCCAAAGUUCGGCAGGUCGGUUUCUUCACCCCCGACGCCCCGCACUCUCCGGGUGGGACCCUUCCCGCUCCGCCCGACUGCACUACUUCACUUCUCCCCGACUCUCCGACCAGUAAUUCUUUGUCUCCUGUAAUGAUUCCGCCUCCACGUCACCCUUCCGACAACCUUUCCUCCCGGUCGGCUGUUCUGGGAAAUUGGAGGCACCCUGAGGACCUGGUCCGUGUUGGGAGCCACAAUCCCUCAGAAAUGCUGCUCCGAUCGUCACCGAUGGCAUCGUCUUCGACUCGAAUUGCAGGUGAAGAAUUGGAAUUCUCGGAGGUUUCGUCGGCCUCCGUCUUGCUUCGGCGGAGUGGUUCGGGGAAGUUAGCGUCUAGCUGCCCUGGCGUUGGAUUCUACAUGGCGGCUAAGCGGGGGGAUAAUUUGAAGACAAUGCCUGCCAAUAGUGUGAGGACAUUGGGAACUAACAAGCCUGCUGGAGCGACAGAAAAGAUGGGAGGAGCAUCCACAGAGGCCAAAGACCAUCUUCCUUCAAGUUCGAAACCCUUGAAGGAAAAAACUACUAAGGCUGAAAGACGGGCUUUACAGGAGGCUCAGCGAGCAGCAAAAGUUUCUGCAAAAGGUGAGGCAAAUAAGUCAGGUACUGCCUCUGGGGCAACAGCCGGUAAAGUUGGGAAACAGCCUUCAACAGUUAAAGGUCCUGCUACACCUUCAGUUGCAUCUGCUGACAAUAGAGGAGGUGAUCGUAUUGUUGAUAAAGAAAGGAAGAAAGAUGCUCCCCCUCCACGUAUGCAAUUUGAUGAUAAACAUCGGGUCGAAAGGGCUAAAAAGCGAGCUGUGUUUAAUCAAACUGAAGCAAGAAAUAGGGUUGAAUUAUUUCGCCAUUUGCCACAAUAUGAGCAGGGGACUCAACUUCCUGAUCUUGUGUCAAAGUUUUUCCAACUCGAUACCAUUCAUCCUGCCAUUUACAAGGUUGGUUUACAAUACAUGGCUGGAGAUAUAUCUGGCGGUAAUGCUCGUUGUAUAGCAAUGCUCCAUGCAUUUCAGCAGGCUAUUAAAGACUACUCAACUCCGCCACAGAAAUCUCUCGUUAGAGAUUUAACUGCAAAAAUUGGUGUCUAUGUGUCAUUCUUUAAUGAAUGCAGGCCAUUGUCUGUUAGCAUGGGUAAUGCAAUCAGAUUUUUGAAAAAUCGCAUUGCCAAAUUACCACCAAGUCUUCUAGAAUCUGAGGCAAAAGCUACACUUUCCCUAGAUAUUAGUCGUUUUAUCAAUGAGAAGAUAAUGCUUGCUGAUGAGGUCAUAGUUAGACACGCUGCUACGAAGAUCAGGGAUGGAGACGUUCUUCUCACAUAUGGAUCACCCUGUGUUGUAGAGAUGCUUCUAUUGUAUGCUCAUGAUCUUGGGAAACAAUUUCGUGUUGUAGUGGUAGAUUCUCGACCAAAACUUGAGGGCCAAGCAUUGCUGCGUAGGCUGAUAGCAAAGGGCCUCAGUUGUACUUACACUCAUAUAAAUGCUAUUUCCUAUGUGAUGCGUGAAGUAGACCGAGUUUUUCUGGGUGCUGCUGCUGUAUUAGCUAACGGAACUGUAUAUUCAAGAGUGGGGACUGCAGGUAUUGCCAUGGUUGCAGAUGCAUUUCAUGUUCCAGUAUUAUUCUGCUGUGAAGCAUAUAAAUUUCAUGAAAGGGUACAACUUGAUUCAAUAUGCUUUAAUGAAUUAGGCGACCCAGAUGCUAUAUCAAAGAUUUCAGGAAGGGCUGAUAUUAGUUAUCUAGAUAGUCUGACUUCUAAAGAACAUUUGCAACUUCUGAAUUUAAUGUAUGAUGCUACACCUUCAGAUUACAUCUCAAUGAUUGUCACAGAUUAUGGCAUGAUCCCGCCAACAAGCGUGCCCGUGAUCGUACGCGAGUAUCGCAGAGAACACCUCCUAUGGGUAUGACUUGGAAAGAAGUUCGAUUCAAGGUGAUGCAGCUGGUUUUUGCAGAGGAGAAACAUUCAGUGAUAUAGCAUGUUCUACAUGAUUCACUUGUGAAAAAGUAAAACCAACCAGAGUUUUCCUCAUCCAUUUUUGCACCCAAAUACCACUUUUAUGGUAUCCAUGGUGUCUUCUGGCUGGCUGGUGGCUUAAAAUUUUGAUUUUGGUGAAAUAACGGUGAAGAGUGCGAUUGUCGCCUCUCCAACUCCUUUCCCACAAUUUUGUAUAUCAAUUUGUACUCCUAAAUUUGUCACAUCCAUCAGAUUUCGCUACAAACUUCCAAUUUUAUCUCAAUUUUA